CCCAGUCGUAUAUCUUGUGGCCUCUCGCACAUUCCCAUCAGGACCAUUUGCGUGCUAUACUCAUACAGUAAAUCGUAACUAUCAUCGCUCAACCCAACAUUUGAACCUGUGCGACGCAGCAAAAAGACAUGUGUGGCGAUUCUCAUCUUCCUCCAGCUCCCGAGUCUGGCGACCUGAUCGCCGUCAUCCAUCCAAAUCCACAAUCGUCGUUUCGAGGUAGACUGAAACUGUCGAAUCGAGCGCCAGGAGCAACCACAACCACCCUCCAAUGUGCAGGUAGCGGUUCAGACUUCUGGCGGCCGGACGCGCUCUUGAACGUGAGAAUACACAAAUAUGGGCAACCCCUAUCAACACCAUCACAUUCUGGGCUCGACUCGGACUCGGAAGACGAAUAUGACCCGUCCAACCCCGUCUUGUAUUCGUUCUUCGUCGAUACGGCCAGCGAUUCCACAACUGUCGACGUGAGACUCAAUCUCGGUGUCGGCGGAGAUGGGGUUGUGGGACGGACAGUAUCGAUUGUCGAUGGUCGGAGGAGAAAGCUUCUUGGAGAAGGGGUUAUCGGAUGGAGCUGAGUUUCUCGCACAAAUCGUUGUUGUGAAUUUUUGCAGCCUUUGGUGUUCUUCACCUCGCGAGAACAUCUAAUAUUUUGAUAGCAGUUGUGCACAAUGAUUUUUGGCCAGUCUCUAGGUUAGACAUCGCGUGUGAGAUGCCAGAGAACCGACCCUAAAGCAGAUACCCCAUCCAUCCACUGUUGUUCAUGUAAAUAUCAAACAUAUCCAAUUCUUCGGUGCUAAAAUUGAACUGGUCCCAGUUGGUGUUUCCGUAGCUAGCAGCAUCGUACGCGGCGUUCAAGUUCGAGCCAAAUUUGUCCA